GUGCUCUAUGGACGUGUCUGUGUGUGCCUGGUGUGUGCUACUCCAAGAGAGAGAGAGAGAGAGAGAGAGAGAGAGAAAGAGAGAGCAACAAGUGUGCGCCCGAUGGCCGAGAUCUGUGCGUACACUUUACCGGGUUGAAGGUAUCAAAGGAUUCCCUGUGAUAAAUCGCGCGUGCGGUGCAACAACGCUCUGUACGUAUACGUGCGUGUGGAAGAGAGAGAGAGAGAGAAAGAGCUGGCCUUCGGGGGGAGAGUCGAGAACCUCCGCCGAUUCUUUACGGCCUCGCGCACGCGCGCGCGCGCGCGUAUUGUUUAUGGUGUGUGUGGCGGCUUUUUUACGCUGGAUUAUGGUGUAUGGCUGCAUGGGCAAAGGACACAGUUCGCUGCGCUUUUAGGUUAUGCGUGUAUACUCGCGCAGGAAAGUGUAGAGGUGAGAUUUUUUUCUUCUCAGUCCAGAGAGAGAAGUGCGUGUGUGGGGGGCUAUAGUAGCAGGUAAAGGAUCCGGUGUGCCCGUGAGUCAGAAUCGAGAGAGAGAGAGAGAGACUGCGUGCGUGAUUCUCCGCUGGAAUCGAUUUGAUCUUGAAUUUAUUCGACGGCGUACACUCACUAGCGCGUUAUCCCAAAAGGAAGUCGUUUUUUUUUUCACGCCUUACAGUGUAAUAUUUUCUAGCCGCGAGGAAAGAGCUAUCGGGCUCGGAAUCAGCUGUUUCAUUCAAACGACUCGAAAAUCAAAGUUCAAUGGGUCGAUCAAACUUGCUAUCUUUCGAGCGGACAAUGUCGUGUUAACUUUCGCACCUACAUACCCGAGAACUAGAUCGAAUACGUACAAGUGUGCGUACGCUCGUCGAUAAGCUAUCGAUCGAAUAUCGCAAAACAACGCGCAUUAUGCCCGCACGUAUGACAUACUCGCGCACACGCGCGAUAGCUAUAACUGUAAAAUCGGCUGGAGCUUGCGCGUAAAUUUGCAUAUUUCCACCUUCCGCAACUUUCUCCGCGUGUAUACGACUCGAGAGCAUGUGAGCGGCGCGCGCGUUUGAAUAAAAAAAGGAUUCGACGGCGGAGGCGAAGAAUGCCGGGACUCGACGAGCUGAUAUCUCUCGCUCGCGCGCUGCUUUUGUGUAUAAUGGCUAUAUAGGCGCGCGCGCUUACUACCUUCGCCUAUACCGCCGGUAUAUACACAAACAUCGGCGAACGCGCGCGCGUGUGUGUGUGUUGAACUCUCGGGGAGAGGCUGAUUUAUCUGCGGGAGAUUGACGAUAAGAUAUUAUGCGUGUGCCCUGGGACGACGCGCGCGUGUGUGUGUGUGCGGCUUCAAUGGUUUUAUUGUAUUUGGGAGAAAUCACGCGGACGAUAGUUGAAGUCCGUGUGCUAUCGCAAGAGAGUUAUUCCGUAUUUUCGAGCGUAAUCUGUUCUAUUUGUUUAUCGGGCGUUAUCAGGCUGCUCCGAUGGAAAAUAAAAUAAGAAGUUUGUUAAUAAUUUAAACAAAAAGCUACGGUGAUAACGAAGCAGUUUAUCUGAGUGGCGCGAAAUGAAAAAAGUUCGAAUCGUCCUAUGUUAUAGUUUUGCCUCGCUUAAAGUUUUCCCGAUAUUAUAGUUAUACGAAAAUUUCGUUGGCUCGGUUGGUCAGUUCGCGCAGAAAUCUCGUUUACGCAAGUUCAAAACAAACGCAUCGCCGUGCAACCUGGUGUCUUGCUUGAAUUACAGACAUUAGUUUAAUACACGGCUAUCAGCUGCGCUUUGCUCAUUGUGUGUUUACAACGAUUACGUUUACAAACAGUUGAUGAUAAACGUUGUAGUGUCGAAUUCGACAUUUCCCACUUGGUAGUCUGCGCUUACGCUAUAGUUGCGCAACGGUUCAACAGAUGACGCUAGGCGCUCGUCUACGGGGAGAAUUGUUUUCAUUUGUGUCGGUCAUUCGGCAUUCAUGUCGAACUUUCGUUUGUGCGCGCACUCAAGGACGUUAUAAAGUUCGAGUAAAGCAAUAAUUGUUCCGAAAUACUUGCGAGUGAAGAACAACAGUGUGUAUUAAUCCCGUUUCUUGCUAGAGUCAGAUAGUCAGUAGGAAGAAGCUGAGAUAGAAAAUUGGAGAGAGGAAAGUCGGCAUAGGUUAUGUGUAUGCUGACAAAAUGUCAACACCGUAUUUUGCUGAAGACAGUAAUGCCCUAGCUUUGGCACCGAUUCUGAAAAAUACUGUGGAUAGGCUGGCGGUCGAUGCCGAUAAAUAUGACUAUAUCAUGGCAUUUUUCAUUGCGAUCAUGGCAGAAGGUGGAUACCGUGUGAUGUGCCUCUACAAUAAAGACACAGAAACUUGGAGUACAGAGCUGACUACCAUUCCACCUUGUUGGAAAAGUGAAGGCAAAAGUACUUAUAGAGUAGACUUUCUGCAGUUCAAAAGGACUAAUGCUGGAAUCAGACUUAUCGCUAUUCCCAUGGGUGAUUGGAUUGUUUUGAAUUUGAUGUCCAAGGAAGAUUAUAUAAAUAUUAAAACCAGAUCCAUUGCAGUCAAUGUUACAAAAUAUGUAAAUAUGCACAAUAAGGAACUUGGAAAGUUCUGGCAUCUCAAGGAUUUAGCUAUGAAGUUUAAGAAUAAUCUUCUGGCACCUCUGCACUCAGAAAUUAUGAUGGUAAUAGGCGUCGCCAGUCCAAGUCUCAUAGGGAUUCCAGAUGAAAUAAGACAAAACAUCUGUAGAAUGCUGGAUACAAAGAGUCGAACAAACUUGGAGAAGUCUUGUUCAUUUAAAAAAACUUGAGCAGCUGAAACAGCUUUGAAAAUUGAUACUUUGUAAAUAGUUGUGUAAAUUCAGACUGUCUCAAAUACUGAUCUUCCACGCUAGUAGAAAACUAAAAGAAUUUAAUGUGAUUAAUUAAAAAAUAUAGCAGAUCUUCAAAUGUUAUUUUGUACUGAUUUUGUAAAUAAGAGUUAACGAUAAAACGCUGUGAAACGUAUUGAGUACAAUGUUACGAUUCUACGAUUUGUUAAUUUAAGAUAUUUAAACGCGAGUUGGAUUAAAGCAUAUUUCUAUACUUUUAUAUUGUAAUAUCGAAAUUAAUCCUAUGGAUUUGUUCUAUCGUAAUUAAAAAUAUGUAUUUUUCUAUCAAACUGUACGAGUAACUUUAUCGAUAAUUUGUACAGCGAACAUAUUUUGUACUUAUUUAGCGUCUUUAAUCUUACAAUAAAAGCUCUUUCUCGGAAGAAAUCUUUGUACUUCCUUGAACAGCCUGAACCAA